CUGAGCAGGUCCUUAUCGGGAACAAACCGGAACAGCUCACCUGUGCGUCAGGUGCCCGGAGCCGGGCCGGUUCCGGAGAGGCUCCACCUCCCGCGGGGCGCAGCUCCUCUCUGCGCCCCCCCACCCCCCUCUCUCUCUCCACACUCAGAGCUGUUGUUGCCACGGCACAGGAGGGCGGAUAGGUCGCCCAAAGACCGACUCACGAAACGCGCGGAUCUCCCACAACUCGUCGCCAUGAGCGCGAUUUCCACAGAAAACGUGUUUUUUACCGCCUUACAGCCCAACAGCUCGGUAACCACCUACGGUCUCCCCUCUGAAAUGCAGCUCGGGAACGGGGGCUCCGCUUCGGACAUGGAGGCGAAAGCUCGGCGUGUCCAGCAACAGGUCCAGAUGAGGCUGGCGGAGAAGUCCACACUUCCGCGUCAGAAUGGAACGGCCUCACAGUUCGCCAUGUCAGACUAUGAUGGUUCAUCCACAGUCAAAUACAACACCUACACCCCAAAUUUCAGCUCCAAGUCAUCCUUUAUGUACUCGGGUUCCAGAACGAUGGGCCCUCAAAUGUCUCAGAGGAACAACUUCAGCAGCAGGUCUGCUGGCCCACAAUUGGCCCAAUUUCAGAAGAUGAGUAUUGGGGGUGGGUUUGUAGGUGGUGGCGACGGAGGUUUUUACCAAGACGACUUCCAUGUCGGUGGCCACCGAGGAACCAUGAGGCAACAGAGCCGGAUGGAUCACGAUGCCAUGUCUUUCCAUUCCAUUCGAAACCCGCCUAUCGAUAACAGCGACAACGGAAGCAUGAUGUCGGAACGGGACGCCGUGUUGAGUCACCAGUAUGCCCAGAGUGCAGUCAAUGGGUACGCCACCCAGAGGGGGCAGGGAGGGGGCACAAUGACCUAUCAGGCCCCCAUGCGCAGAUCUCUAAGUAGCACCCUCAUACAUAGUGGGGGGAUGAUGGGAGGAGGAGGGGCUGAGGUGAUCCAGCAGCAGCAUUCCUUCAAAGGCCCAGCCUACCGUACCAUCAACAGGAUUGCAAACCGAAACCGGAUGAGUAUGGGCUCCACAUCUGGGAACAUCAUGUCCGCCAGUGCAAGCAGCUUUGGUGGAGGAAGAGACAGAGUUGAUCAAGGGUUUAUCAUGCCCGUGAUGCCCUCUGGUUCCCAGGGGAACCUCCUCAUGCAGCGUCAAGGAAACUUGUCCCGUGCCGCCUCACUCAAAAGCAUCCACAGUGUGGGGAAGGGCUAUGAUGUGACUGGGAUGAACGGCGGCGAGUUCGAUAUAAAUGGAUUAAAUGACAUGGACAUGGCCACGGCAGUGGAUUUUCUGAGACAAGAUGACACUGGUCUUCAGGUCCUUGGUGCCGCAUACAUUCAACAUCAGUGCUACAAUCAUAUAGAGUCGAAAGAUCAGGUACGUCUAAUGGAGGGCAUUGAACCGUUGGUGAAGUUGAUCAGCAGCAAAAAUCGAGAAGUGCAAGGUUAUGUCACUGGUGCCACACGUAACCUCAUCUAUGGGAACAAUGACAACAAAAAGGCCCUGGUUCAACUGGGGGGCAUACCAGCGCUGGUCAAAGCCCUUGAGGAUGAGGACGAAGAGCUUCAAAAAAACAUCACAGGCAUUCUCUGGAAUCUUUCAUCCAGAGAAACUAUGAAAGACCUACUGGCUAAGGAAACACUUUAUGACCUCACUAAGAAGAUCCUCGUUCCUUUGGUAGCCAAAGAUUUGCAUGUUAACGAAGACCUUUCUCUUGAGGAGAUCAUCUACAACACCACAGGAUGCCUUAGGAAUCUGAGCUCUGGAAGUGACAAAACCCGUACACUUAUGAAAGAUACCGACGGUUUGGUGGAGUCUUUGGUCACGUAUUUCAACAAGUCUGUUGAAAAGGACGUGAUCGAAAAUAAGGGGGUGGAGAAUGCAAUGUGCAUCUUGAGAAACCUUUCGUACAAGGUCCUUGAAGAACUUCCUCCAUCUGUCAAAGCGCGCCUUGGAGAAAACAGAGAUUUGGACACAGAAGACAUGGGCACAGUUGGCUGCUUUACACCUCAGAGUAGAAAAGCCAAAAAGAAGAAGACUCAAUUAACAUUCAGUGAGAUUUCCAAAAGUCCAAAGGACCAGGAGUGGCUUUAUCACCCGAAGAUCUUGGGGGUGUACCACACUGUGAUGAAGUCACGUCUAGCCAACACCACAUGCCGCGAGGCGGCCAUUGGAGCUAUGCAGAACAUCACAUCUGGAGAUAUGAAUUGGGCCUCAGAAUUGAGCAACUGGGCUCUGGAGCAGGAGCGCGUACUGCCAACCAUAUUGGAUUGUCUGUACACCGAUGUGGAAAAUGAGCUGCGUUCUCUCACUUGCCUUUUAAGAAAUUUGUCCCGCCAUACCAACAAUAAGGAUGAUAUGGCCACAAAGACGAUAAACAGUCUGCUGGAGAAAUUGCCCCGUAACUCACCAAACGACACUUCCAACGAAGUGAUAUUGAACAUCUGCGGUGUUUUGAAUAACCUGGUGACCGGAAGCUUUGUGGCUGCCAGGGACAUUAACUUCUUUAAUGGCGUGGAAAAACUGAUGGGCAUCAAGAAUACAAAGGACACCAGCCCCGGGGGUCUAAGAGCAGCCAAAGCAGCAUCAACAGUCCUCACCAACAUGUACCAUUACAAGAAACUGCGUAAAAAGUACCGUACGGUAAGAAACCCCUGAAAUUAUUACAC